AUGGCAUACAGCAUGCAAUGGAUUUUUCAGUACAGUUUAACAGAAUCAACAACAGCACCGUUUCUCUCAUCGGAAGAAUUGCGAUAUACAUUUGGUGUUCAUACCUUCCCUGAUGUACCUCAAUAUGAAGAAUUAUAUCCAGAAGCGGAAUAUUCAGAAGAUGGUCAAUUAAAGCUGCUUCACAUAACUAUUCAUGGAAAGCAAGUAAACUUCACGCUGCAACCGACCAUUCAAUCGCUUGUCUCACCGCAUUUGAAGACCGUUUUCCGGAAUGCGCAUGGUGGUGGGAAAUUGGAGGUUGGACUACCACCGAUCAGCUGUCAUUAUCAGCACAAAUCAAAGGAUGUAUACGCAGCUAUCAGCAAUUGUGAUGGGAAUCUCAAAGGUAUAAUUGUAGUGACAGAUGAUGUUUAUGUGUUGCAUCCGUUACCCGAUCGCCACGCUCAUCGAUUUGAUCAGAACAACCGGAACGGCUCAGAUCCUGGCCUACAUGUUAUCUACAAACGCGAGGCGACGCGAAAAGAAUUUUGCGGCCUGGAAUCGACAAUUACAUCGACUGAACUCGCCGAGGGUGAGAACGAAGUGAGCGAAGAUGUGUUUGCAGUUGGGCAACGUCUGAACGAGGAAGGCGAACUCAUUGUAGAAUUGGCAAUAUUCGUGGAUGAAAUGUUAUGGAAGCUUUUUAGCAGUAAAUAUGGAGUAGAUGCAGCUACUAAACUACGAGAUUAUGCGCUAACAAUGCUUAACAAUGUACAAAUUAUGUACCAUCAACCAAGCGCCAUUCCACAGCUAUCAUUUCAUGUAGUGAGAUUCGAAGUGCUCACCAUCCAGCCGAGUGCCAUGGCAGACCAUUUACACAACAGCGGGCAUGCUCAGAAAUACCUGGAUCGAUUCUGCAAGUAUCAACGAAGUUUGAGCACACGUGAUUGGGAUCACGCUCUUCUGCUUACAGGGUAUGAUAUUCAUCGCGGUACUGGAUCACGAUCUAUAAGCGGUAUUGCUCGUUUGGACGGCAUGUGUGAUCCGUGGAAUAGUUGCACUUUGGCUGAAGGACUCGAUUUUACCUCAGCUUUUAUUGGAACCCAUGAGCUUGGUCACAGCGUCGGGAUGCGCCAUGACGAGCCAUACUGUCCAGCAAAGCACAUCAUGAGUUCAUCACUAGGUCCAGGAAAAGUAACUUGGUCAAUUUGUAGUUUACGUGACUAUCAUGUAUUUUUGCAACGUCUCGAUAGUCGCGACAAGAACUGUUUACGAGUAUCCAACUUACCACAAAAGCUAACAAUGAGAACAGAUCUCAAGCCAGGCCAGGUUUACAAUGCAGAUAUGCAAUGUUACAUAAUGCAUGGUCAAGGCUAUCGGCAGAUCAGUCCACGACAGGAUCAUUAUGACGGCAUAUGUUAUAUGAUCUGGUGCGGGCAGUCAUCAUUCGGUCGAAUAAUUACUUCUCAUCCAGCUCUUGAGGGGACUUUUUGUGGUUCAUCGAAAUGGUGCGAACUCGGUCGGUGCGUACCAUGGCCUGGUGUUGAUCCUACUGCAAUACCUAAGCGUAUCGAUGGACAAUGGUCCGAGUGGUCUGCAAUUUCUUGUCAGUCAUGUAAUUGCGCUGAUAUAGCUGGUAGCAUAGGUAUUUCUACAAGCACUCGGCGUUGCAGCAAUCCAUCACCAGCAAAUGGCGGUGCAGAGUGCGUUGGUGCAACACUGCGUGCAAUUAUAUGCAAUCGUCUGUGUACUUCGUCCAGCAAAUCUGUUGAUAAGCAUAUAAAAGAACAUUGUACGCAGCAGAAAAGGCUAAAAAGUGAUUCAGAUUUAACUGGAAGUGGCACUCAACUGAUUCGUUACCCUCAACGUGCAUGCAAGGUGUUUUGUGAUGUGAUAAGUCGAUAUGGAUCCCAGCGAAAUUAUCGUUUUUUUGGUGAUAUUCUUCCAGAUGGUGCUCCAUGUGGCACCAAUAAAUAUUGCUUAGAUGGCGAAUGUCUUCCAUUGUCUUGCGAUAAUAAUGCAUUAAUCACACGUGACUUAUCAUGUCCUAUCGCCAGUGAAUGGUGCCGUCAGGAGAACGAAAUAACCAAUGCAGUAUCAACUAGUGCUGGAGCUCGAUGGUCAUCCUGGUCAACCUGGUCAUCCUGCUCACACACAUGUGGAAUAGGCUAUAGACAGCGGACUCGAUCAUGCAGUAAUACAAAAAAUCAAUGUUCGGGCGUAUCAUCUGAGAAAACUCAAUGCAAUUUAUCGGCUUGCGGUACCAAUACAGUGUCGGAUCAGAAAAGUAGUUGGAGUGAAUGGACUUCUUGGAAUCAGUGUUCCGUGUCAUGUGAUAUCGGAUCGCAAGCACGAUAUCGACGGUGCUUCAGUUCGCAUAAUUCACUUUCCUUUUCAUGCCCAGAGAAUUCGAUGGAAACACGGCAGUGCAAUAUGGGUGAAUGCAAUACGGGUACAGUUGGUUUAUGGGGCAGUUGGACCGAGUGGUCACAAUGCUCAGUUAGCUGCGGACCGGGAAUACGAAAUCGAAAUCGUUAUUGUACUAAGGAACCAUGUGACGGUUCAGGGCAAUCGAGAAUGUCAUGUAAUUUGGGUCCUUGUGAAAUUAGCAUCCGAUGGUUGCAAUGGGAAGCAUGGUCACAAUGCUCUUUGACUUGUGGAAAAGGUGUACGUACCAGGAAGAGAAAGUGUUCAGCUACAAAUGGGUGUUUCGGAAGUAGUCUGGAGCAGCUAAAUUGCAACGAAAAUCUAUGUACGGUAGCUGGAACUACAACGGUUGGUCAGUGGUCUGGAUGGUCCGAUUGGAGCACUUGUAGUACAACUUGCGGUGGUGGUUUUAAGAGGCGUACCCGACUUUGUCAACGCGGGACAUGCAAUGGUCCAUCUAAAGAUUCACUACCGUGCAUGAUUAAACAUUGCAAAUCAUUUUCUUCAGGAACCACUGCUUCGUGGGGAGGUUGGGGUUAUUGGUCACCGUGUUCUGAAACAUGCGGUAGAGGUGUCCGGAAGCGGGUACGCAAAUGCUAUGGCGAAGGUGGGCAGUGUUCUGGAAAUGAAUAUGAGCGAGAAAUAUGCAACGUGCGACGAUGCUGA